AUGCGCUCUACCACUCUACCACUACUCGCUCUCCUAGCUUCCCCUCUGGCCUUUGCCGCCCCAACACCCACGCCUGACUACCAAGCCGACUGCAAGAAGGAAUGGGAUGAUCUGUGGGACUCGCACGACAACAACUGGUGGAAGAAGGAGAAGCUCUUCUCCUUUGACGCUGAAUACGUCAUCAAAGCCACUCCCGACCAAGUCAUAGCUAACAGCGGCUCACCCGCGCCCGGCCAGCCCGGUGCGCGUGGCUUAUUCAAAUACGGCAUCAACAUUGCGGAAAACACCAUCUGCUACAAUAUUACGCUCAGCGGCGUAACGGGCGCAUACCAGAGCCCAGCAAUAACCGCGACACACAUCCAUGAGGGUGUAAAGGGCAAGCCUGGACCGCCUCGUCUGGCUUUCCCCAAUCCCACCGGCCCCGACGAGCGCCGCACCUCAUUCGGUUGCUUGAAGGGCCCCUUCUUUGUCAAUGUUACGAACCCGACUACGGGCAAAGACCAGGCUGAUGGGUUCCAUGUUGCGAGGAUCGUGGAGAAUCCAGAGGGGUUUUUUACAGACUCGCAUACGGCGACGUACGUGGCUGGUGCUGUGCGGGGGCAGCUUCCUGGGCAUUGAAUUAGGGGGUUUGAGGAGUGGAUUUUUCGGAGGGAUGGGAGCGAGAUGGUAAUGGGGUUGUGUGAGGAGAUGUAUUGGGUUUGGUGUAGGUGGUUGGAUGUAAUGUCUAAACAGCCGGUACUUACUCGUGGUGGUGUAACGGUUCGUGUGUAUUAUUGCUAUUGCAGACUCCUCACAGGUAUGUGAGAUGCUAG